UUUCCGUGGAUGUUUAGACUCGUUUGCAUGCGUAUUUCAUCACGUACCUGCAGUCAGCAAAGUCGGUCGAGCUUGUCUUUGCAUAAGCCUUCUUUCUUUAUAUAAUCCAAAUGAAUUGACGAUUCAAGACAUGGCCGAUGGUGCAGUGGUGUAGGAACUGAUUUUAUUAAUUCUGUCUCAGCGACCACCUACAAAAACUAAGAUUUCACGAAGGGUUAGCCUACUUACCUUAUAACUGAACUCAUUACUCUUUGCGAUGAUUUGGCGACGUGAAGGAGUCUUUAACGGAGGAUGUCUGAUGGUGUGUGCCGUAACUAUAGGCGUGGUGCUGAUGAUCUCUGGGGUAUCGGGCCACUUUGAAGUGGAAGAAAGUGACGGCAGUGUAUCUAAUGUAACCGGGUUGAUCCCCCUUUAUAUUGGUGUUCUAUUGCCGCUGAGUAGCAACGGCGACUGGGCAGAGGAGUUUGCCAACCAGAGCAUGGCUGCUAUGCACAUAGCAGUAGCUGAUCUUAACAACAGGAGUGACAUCCUACCCGAUCACGAGAUACAUCUUGUUGUCAGAGAUACUCAGGGAUCUUCAGCACGUGCGUUGAAUCUACUCUAUGAGAUGAUCCUAUCUAAACCAUCCAUGAUUGCGUUCGUAGGAACCAUUGAGGCUGAAACUACCAAGAUUCUUGCGGCUGUGACUGGUAUUUGGGGCAUCAUUCAGAUGGGUUUUGCCAACUCUGCCAUCGGGCUUUCAGAUCACCGUCUCUACCCGUUCUUCAUCCGGACCAUGGGAAGCUCAUCUGACCUCAACAAGGUCAAACUUCAAAUCUGUGAACGGUUUGGUUGGUCAAAGAUCUCCACCAUUACUGAAGCUACUGAACCACAUGCCGGGAUUAUGGAGGAUUUACAUGAAUUGUUAGACUACCGGAAUUUCACCCUCGUAUCAAGGCAGUCAUUUUACUACGACCCAGCUGGGGUGAUUAGCAGACUGAAGGUUGUGGUUGCCUGUCCAGGAUGCCCUCUCGCCGGCUCUCCUGACGAAGCUAUCCCCCAAUAG